UUAUAGUUUCAAUAGCUUGAGAGUCCCUGAAAACUGGAAACUUAGAAAUUUUGCACCUUGAAUCUAUGUUUUCAAUUAAAAUUCAUAUGGAAAUGUAGAGCAAAGAAAAAAAAAUUCAAUAGAAAUUGACAAACUGGCGGAAGUAUCCCUGCUCCUUUGAUUUCAUUAAUUUUAAGAGCGCCUGAUUUUAUAGCGAUUUUUUAAAUACACAAUUUGAAUAAAACAGGCUAAGAAAAUGUCAAAAGAAUUCGUUUACCACAAAAAGGCGCCAUUUAGGUAUGUGAGUGUGUUGGGGUGGGGGUUGAGGGGAAAGUGAGAUUAGGGAUGGCAUGGGGAGGUAGUGCGUGACACGUCACGAGAUUAUAACCAUCAAACAGUUAUGAAAUACCGACGGUACGUGUUAAAGGAUUGUGACGCAAGCAGUCAGGACAAAAUAAUUACGUCGUCACAAGCGUUUCAGACACAAAGGACAAAGAGGGCCAAUGCCGUACCAACAACACCCCAGGGUAACAAUAGUGUGACCAGUAGUUUAACCAAUCAGAAGAAGGCCCUAACUGAAACCACACUUACAGCCACCUAUCUGCUGGUUGAAAACGAUUUCUUAGUCAAGCGCAAAAUCAUUUGUUACAAUUUCUUCUUUCAUGCAAUUUUUUUUGGGAGGUCAGACAUGUUAUUUAUACUCUUUUGAAGUCUUUGUAAAUAAUUUUACUAUUGUUUUAACACUUAUUUCUUUCUGACUCGGCCUUCUAAAGUGUCACACUACACACAAUUCCCUCACUUAUUUUCACUUGCACAUAUACGCACACACUCACACACAGACACUUGCACAAACACACAGGCAUGAAAUCGUUCGAAAAGAGACUCGGGAUUCUUAUUGCCUUCUUUAACUGUCUCAACUUGUCAUAAUACGACUUUUAUUGUAAAGAAAAUAUUUGGCACACACAGGCCUACAAUGUAACAAAGCUGUAAUUCGAAACUAUGAAAGGCAAGUAGCUGACUAAAUUAUUCUCUUGAAAAACCCCCCAACAAAGUUGUAAAAUGAUUAAAGACGCACAUAAUAUAGCCGUCAGGCAGUUCGAAUAGAAAUGUAAUUAAUUAUUUUGACAGCUUAAUCCCUCAGACAAACAUUAGUCACCUGUGUCCGCUAUGGAGUACCUCAGCUAAUUUCUUUGUCAUUGAUGGGGAAAAUAAGAGAUGGUGACCUAAUCAGCCUGGCUAACCGGCGAUCCAACCUUAAUGCUGAUUGGUUGAUCACUGAAGACUUGACUCCACCCCACGAAAAAGGCGGGAAAGAAGCGUGGGUAUAAAAGCAUUACCACACGCGGUUGCUUAUAGUCCCACUGUUUUCUGUUUGACCAAAGCCGUGUUGGCGGUUACUGGAUAUACGUUUUUUGGAGGACAAUUUCGAUUUGUUUGUGACUUGCUGAGUAUUUCCACAUUGAAAGAGUUGUGUAUUCCACUCGUUGGAUUUGUGCUGGAAGUUUUGAUCAGACGUUUCUUAUAUAUGCUGUGACUCAGUGACACAUUUUGGGAACACUUAUACUGUGCUUUAUUCACGUUAUACAAGAACCUUCAACUUGGAGUAUAUCUUCUACAUCGCCUACAGCUUCAGAAUGAGUGCUACUUUCAGACUCGGUCGUCCAGUGUUUGAGACCCACACUGUAAAUGUGUCCGAGGCGCUCGGCUUUAAAGAAGAUCGCAUUCUAGCGGGAGGUGCAACUGCCCAAGUCUUCCUCGCUACAGACGUCAACAAUCCGGAGAAGAAGAAAGCUCUGAAGAAAUUCAUUUUUCUGGAGAAUGGAGACCCUGUGGAUAAACCCAGGAAAUGGUUCUAUUUCGUCAACGAGGUGGCCAUGCUUCAAGAUCUCCGUCAUCCCAACAUCAUAGCAAUGGAGAGAGCGGCUAGUUGCCCCGAGUCACUGGUCAUAGUGUUGGAAUUUCAUCCAGUGGAUCUGUUCGACGCCUUACCUCGUAUCUCGGAUGAGGAAGCCACUCGCUACUUUACCCAGGUCACCGAGGCCUUGAGCUAUCUACACAGCCGACGUGUCGUGCACGGUGAUGUAAAACUGGAAAAUGUGUUGGUGAGUAAAGAUGGAGUAGCAAAACUUUGUGACUUUGGACACGCUCAGGUAGUUCCUGAAAACACGGACAGUUUGAAGGAAUGGGGAAGUUGUGCAGCCUACCACGGACCGGAAUUCACAAGGGGCCAUCCUGUGAAAGACGCUUUCAAGCUUGAGAGUUUCUGUGUCGGCGUUUUUCUGUGGGCACUUGUGUUUCGUAAAAAGCCCCAGAAAAACACGGACUACUUAAAGGUUUUGGACAAUGAUAAAUCUGUCUCGCUCACCUACAGACAAUGUGUACAACGUCUACUGUGUGCAGAUCCGACAGAGCGUGCUUCAGUCUCCCAGAUCCUACAAAUCCUCAACACCAACGGUCACACAGAACCUCGUGUCCGACAAAACGCCACCGCUCAAUCUCUCAUCACUGCACCAAUCACAUACAACAGCACCGGGGAGGAAGUAGCGAGUCCGUACUUCGGUAACUCACCCAUCGAGCACAGACCAACUUCAUCGUUCUGCCAUCCCUUCAACGAGUUCAGCUAUCAACAUUCAGGAUAUUAUCAACAUUACGUGUACCCCUCGCACUCUGGAAACCUUCAGUAUUUCCCACGUGAGACACCGACACAGUACUACUACAUGAACCAGAGCAAUGGACUGGCAACCUUUCACCUGGCUGGUACAUAUUCCGAUUCCUCGGCCUAUCAGACAGAAACAACAGCCCAGUUCCCACAAUAUGUGGAUGUCUCUUCUUCCCAAUAUCACCAGUCUCCGUUGGAUCUACAGAGAGCCCAAUGGCCCGUGGUCACAGACACAAAUCAGCGCACAGUUCAGCAUCCUGCUCCCCCGUCACUGGGACACUCUCAGUUUCUCACACACCAUCAAAACUGUUACCAGCCUGACCCUACAGCUUGUUUCCAGUACGUGGUACCUUCGUCAGCUCCUGAGUACUUUCAACCUGCUACAUUUCAACGGUAUCAGAAGUAAUCUGUGUAAUAAUAUAGACAACUGUUCUCAAGCAAGAUGUGUCAGAAAUAUUCAUAACUUUAUAUAAUUUCAGAAUUGUAUUAUCAUGCAUUGUUGAUCUUGAGCACUUUGUAUUUAUUCUAAAUUACUGAUCAUUAUGCCCGGAGUUAGAAAUCCAUAAUGUGUAUGCGAAACUGAUACCUUAGAAUCAAAUUUUUUUAAAUGUAAUCACAACUUGCAAUAAUUGUAUAUGUCCCUAAUCCCCUCUCCAAUAAACAAGCAAACAAUCAAAUAAACAUGAACAAAGAUAAGAGCAGAUAUUUGCAUGCAAGUUGUCUUAGAAUUGUACAUAAUUGAUGAACAUUAUCAACUAGUGGUAUAACGUAAUUGGGACUGAUAUUUGAGAGGUUUUAGUGUUACAAUAGCUGUAAUAGUCAUAAGCAAUAGUGUAUAUAUAGAAGGAAAACAAAAGAAACCAAGAAUGACAUGAGGCAAUUCUUUUAGUUCGGGAUGUUAAUGAAGAUAUGUUCAAAUUCACAAUAAAAGAGAAGAAAAAAAUGUUCAGAAUACUACAUUUUGAUACACCCAUAAAGCGAUUUGUCUGACCAGUUUAACGUGAAGACAAUAACUUUUAUUUGUGUCAAUUGUAUGUUAUACAUCAUCACGCCCUGAGUUAGUAAUCCAGGAUAUAAUGUAUUUGAAACUGAUAUUUAAGAAUCAAAUACUGUUUUGAAUGAGUUCCUUAUUAUUCCAAUUUUCUAUGAUUUUUUAAUGUUAUCAUGCAAUCACAGUGUUUUCCUCUUUCAAAAAGAAAAUUGGCUAUUUGUGAUAUUGUAUACAUAAGGAAUACACAAUAAAUGAGAAAUAGCAUGAUUCAAUCCCAUUAGUUCGAAACGUCAGCUAAGAAUACGCUCUUGUGUUCAGGGUACAACAUUUUGAUACUUCCAUAAAGCGAUUUGUCUGACCAGCUCAGCUUGAAGACAAUAACUUUUGCUUGUGUCAAUUGUACAUUAUUGAUCGUCACACUCUCCGUUAGU